CGCCCGUUUUGUAUUUGGUACCGGCAAUCGGCGGAUAAGUGAUGAUAACAGCACAAGCUUUCAUUCAAUCUUCUAAGUUCUUACUCAUUCUCUUUUCUUUUCUUUUAUAUUAACAAUUUCUUUCUAAAUGACUUCAUAGAGGAAUUUGCCGCUCAUUUUGUUGAUUCUCACACUCUUCUCAGACCAGCCAGGGUGACGAUAUAGAGAUUCCCUUCUCCCCCCAUACACCAUUGGCCACUACAACAUUAAAGGCUUGCAUACCUAGCUGUCUACCUCCAUAGUAGCUCUUACACGGAAAGUCGUUCCGUAUGAGUGUCGAACCUCGAGUCCCAGAGACGAAUGUCCUGGCCGUUGCCAGUCAUGUUGUCUCAGGGAACGUAGGCAACAAGAUCGCCGUCUUCGUGCUCCAAUCUAUGGGUUGUGAUGUUGCCGCCUUGAAUACAGUCCAAUUCAGCAAUCACACAGGUUACAGGCAAUGGAAGGGCACACGGGUGUCAGCCCAAGAAAUUACGGAUUUGUGGGACGGGCUUAAGCAGUCGUACCUUGAUGGCUUUGAUAUGAUGCUCUCGGGCUAUGUGCCCGGCGCUACCGCCGUGGAAGCUGUCGGCAACAUCGGAAAAGAGCUCCGGCGAAAAUCCGAGAAAGCGGGAAGGCUUGGAUCUUUCUUCUGGGUCCUAGAUCCGGUCAUGGGUGAUAAUGGCCGUUUGUACGUCGCAGAUGAUGUCGUGCCUGCUUACAAGAGCUUGAUAAACUACGCUGAUCUCAUACUACCGAAUCAGUUCGAAGCCGAACUCCUCUCUGGCGUAAAGAUAACCGACCCCGCCUCCCUCAAAGAAGCCGUCCGUGUCCUACACCAGGAAUACGGCGUCCCACACAUCGUCAUCACCUCCGUUUCUAUACCGUUGGUAUCCUCUUCGAUCGCUUCCUCUUCCGCACCACAGCAGACGGGGCGCGCCAUGUCUGUCGUAGGGUCGACUAUGACGUCCGACCGGCAACCACGGCUCUUCACGAUCUCGUUUCCCGUAUUUGACUGCUACUUUAGCGGCACGGGUGACAUGUUCGCAGCGCUGAUGGUGGCGCGUAUACGCGAGGCCAUCUCCUCACCUUCUUCCUCUUCUUCAUCCUCUAUCUCAGAACAGAAUAGUGACGGAAACGAGUCGAUAAGCGAAAAGCGCUCGUGGCUUAGUGGCGACGAUGUCGACGUACUAGACCUACCGCUCGCGCGGGCUGCCGAGAAGGUGCUUGCGAGCAUGCACGAGGUCCUGGCGCACACAGCCGAGAGCAUGACGGCUGAGAUGGCUACAGUCGUCAAUAAAGAAGGAGAAGUAGACGAGAAGACGCUGCACCUCCUGAAGUCGAGGGCUUCGGAGCUGAAGCUGGUAAGAAACCUGGGAUGCUUGCGCGAUCCGACUAUAGAAUACCGCGCGGAGAAGAUGUAGAAGAGAUUGUUAGGGGGAGUAGAUAAAUGGGCAUUUAGAGAUAGACAGGAGAUUUUGCUGAGUUCGGCAAAAAUAAAACGAAUGAACAUAUAGAUAUCUAGGUACCUAUCCGAACAUUGAAAGGGCGAAUAGAAAGAAUGUGAAGCAUACACGAGUACCUAGCAGGUAUGCAGAUAGGUAUCUAUGUAGUGUCUGAUGCUACUAACCUA